GGAGGGGGGAGUUCCUUCACCGGGGUGCCAAAAGGGGGUCUUUGAAGUGUCCCAAAGCCUUCUCUAAUUAAAGCCUCGGGGAUCAGAGACUUCCCUUUUCUUUCCCUUUACUUUUUUGGGGACCUGGCUGCAAUUAUGAUGCGAUGUAGGCAAACCUAACUUGAGGAUGGGCCCGGGGGGGGGGUCUCCAUUUUUUUCUUUUCCUGAGCGGAUUGCAGUCGGGGACCUGGACUCCCGUGCGGGAUUCCCCGGAGGAGGCGCGCCGGGGCCCGGGAGGGGCGCGAUUUCCUCCCGGCUCGCCCCCUCUCCGCCCACCCCGCGGCCGCCACUUUGGGGAGGGCAGGGGAGGAAGUGGAGGCCGGUGGCUCGGCUGGCUCCCCUCCCCCCGCGCAGUUUAUAACCCGUCCAUUGUGCGCCGCUGCCCCGUGUCUCCUCCAGCGCGACCAUGCCCAGGAAGAAGGCGGCGGCGGCCUGGGAGGAGCCGAGCUCGGGCAACGGCACGGCCCGUGCCGGGCCCAGGAAGCGCGGUGGCCCGGCCGGUAGGAAGCGCGAGCGGCCCGAGCGCUGCAGCAGCAGCAGCGGCGGCGGUAGCAGCGGCGACGAGGACGGCCUGGAGCUCGACGGGGCCCCCGGAGGGGGCAAGCGCGUGGCGCGGCCGGCGGCAGCCAAGGCGGGCGGCGCGGCCGUGGUCAUCACCGAGCCUGAGCAUACCAAGGAGCGCGUCAAACUUGAAGGGUCUAAGUGCAAAGGGCAGCUUUUGAUUUUUGGGGCAACCAACUGGGACUUGAUUGGUCGAAAAGAAGUGCCUAAGCAACAAGCCGCCUACCGCAACCUCGGUCAGAACUUAUGGGGGCCCCACAGGUACGGGUGCCUUUCCGGGGUCCGGGUACGGACGGUGGUGUCGGGGUCAUGCGCCGCCCACAGCCUCCUCAUCACCACGGAAGGGAAGCUUUGGAGCUGGGGGCGAAAUGAGAAGGGCCAGCUGGGCCAUGGCGACACCAAGAGAGUUGAAGCCCCCAGACUCAUCGAGGGGCUCAGCCACGAGGUGAUCGUGUCCGCGGCGUGUGGGCGGAACCACACCUUGGCCUUGACAGAAACGGGCUCCGUGUUUGCGUUUGGGGAGAACAAGAUGGGGCAGCUGGGCCUCGGCAACCAGACGGACGCUGUGCCCAGCCCCGCACAGAUAAUGUACAACGGGCAGCCAAUUACCAAAAUGGCCUGUGGGGCUGAAUUCAGUAUGAUAAUGGACUGCAAAGGAAACCUCUAUUCCUUUGGGUGCCCUGAAUAUGGUCAGCUGGGACACAACUCAGACGGCAAGUUCAUUGCCCGGGCGCAGCGGAUAGAGUAUGACUGCGAGCUGGUGCCCCGGCGAGUGGCAAUCUUCAUCGAGAAGACGAAAGACGGCCAGAUCCUGCCGGUCCCGAACGUGGUGGUACGGGAUGUGGCCUGCGGCGCUAACCACACGCUGGUCCUGGACUCCCAGAAGCGCGUCUUCUCCUGGGGCUUCGGGGGCUACGGCCGGCUGGGCCACGCCGAGCAGAAGGACGAGAUGGUUCCGCGCCUGGUGAAGCUGUUUGACUUCCCUGGACGCGGGGCGUCCCAGAUCUACGCUGGUUACACCUGCUCCUUUGCCGUCAGCGAAGUGGGUGGUCUGUUUUUCUGGGGGGCCACCAACACGUCCCGGGAGUCCACCAUGUACCCGAAGGCCGUGCAGGACCUCUGCGGCUGGAGAAUCCGGAGCCUGGCUUGUGGGAAGAGCAGCAUCAUCGUGGCUGCGGACGAGAGCACGAUCAGCUGGGGCCCGUCGCCGACCUUUGGGGAACUGGGCUAUGGGGAUCACAAGCCCAAGUCUUCCACUGCAGCUCAGGAGGUGAAGACGCUCGACGGCAUCUUCACGGAGCAGGUUGCCAUGGGUUACUCACACUCCUUGGUGAUAGCGAGAGACGAAAGUGAGACGGAGAAGGAGAAGAUCAAGAAACUGCCAGAGUACAACCCCCGGACCCUCUGAUGCUCCCGGAGCCUCUCCAGCUCCACACCUCUCGCGGCAGCUGUCAUUUCCACGUGCACUGGGACGGGAAGUCAAACGAGGAAUUGUCAAAAGCAAAAGUUGACCGAAGGUGCAUUUUUGUUAAGACUCCCUGAGGUUCCGUUUUAUACGUGAUUCAACGUCAACUACCUUUUCUGUAUGCUUUCCAAAGUGUUUUUUUUUUCCCCCUCUUAAUGAUUAAUUAAAAUAUUUGCUCAUAGUUGACUUACCAUUCCUACAAAAGAGGCAGAAACUUUGAGCAAUCUAGGUUUGUUUUUUGUUUUUUUGUUUUUUUUAAGUUUUCCUUUUUUACCCCCCUCUCCUACAUACACUUGUCAAAAACACCCCUUCCCGGUUGUGAUUAGCAUUGAGCCCAGUGGGUGCUACCUGGGAGAGGAGUCACCACACGCUCAGAAAAAAAUGUCCCUGUGGGGGCCGGCAGCAUCUAGGCAAAGACCGUCCCUGGUGGUCAGUCUCCAUCCAGAAUGGCGCCCGUGUGCUCGGAAGCAUCUGGGUCACUUCUCUCCUGCUUUUCCUUCUAGCCCGGCUCAGGCCGUGUGUGUUCUGCUUCUCCCCUUGGCUGCUUCUAAGCCCCCCGCCGCCUUUUGGCCGCGACAUUAAUAGAACCUGCCGUUUUCCCCCCUGGUGGGGGAUCUGUGUUUAGCCAUUUAUAUCUGCUUUAGCUGUAAAAGAAGUCCAAAUGAAAAUCAGGUGAUUGUGGAACCAGUGGGGACUUCGGGGGGUGGGCAGAUGUGGGGACAGUGUAUCUGGUUCCAGAUCCGGCUCGAAGGCUCCUCUGAGCCGGGGCCGCCUCGCCAGCACUCGCCAUUAGAGAUUGACCAGCCAGCAGUAAAAAGUGCAUUCUGGAGUCCUUGCAAAGAAGGAUCAGCCCUUUGUGUACCAGCCUUUAUCGCCUUUGUGCUUCUGUCUUUAUUCCGACCCCCUUCCCCCCGCUGGAUCCUGCUGGAAGGGGCCCGGUCUGUUUCUGAGGCCCGGGUUCCUGUUCCGCUAACCCAACUCUCUAGUCACGUUUGCUUGGCUGUGUAACCAAAUAGUUGGGAUCACGGAAGAAGUCCCCUUCCCUGCGUGUCAGCACAGAGGCUGUGACUGCCGCCUCGGCUCCCCGCCAAGUGCCCUGUGCCCGAACCCGUCCCCGGCGUCGUGCUGCGUGAGUUAUGAGGUGCCUUUCCCGGAACCCUCCUCUCGCUUGGACCCAAGAGAGGCGACAGCUCUGGCUGGGGCUCUUGGUUUCGAGAGGGUCUGGACUGGUUUGGGUGCUUUAAAAUAGAUCUUUUAGUUCAGUGGUGCUUAUGGGGGAAACGGGAAUAGAACUUCAGUGUGAGACUUGGGUGAUGGGAAAGUUAAAUAUUGGUCUUUUUUAUUAUGAAUUUUUGCUUUGCUAUUGUUACCACUUUUGUCUCCAUGUUAAAAUGCCAAAAAUGA